UCCAUUUUGGUAACUAAAAAUUAUUUAGAAAACCUUAUGUCCAAAAUUGUAACUGUAGACUGUUCUAACAAAGCGAACAAGUUAUUUUUUAGGUCUCGGAUGUACUUCCGAAUUAAAGAAUUAAACAAGUCUCUUAACAACCUGACAUUGCGUAAAAGAAAAAUUAUGAAAACUGCUACAUAGUUGCUGUAUGUACGUCUAUUUCACAUGCACAAAAUUUAAAUAAAGUGCAUGGCAUGAAAACUGUAAAACUUAUUUUUGUCUUUUCCAAGCCUCUUACUUAAAUCUGAUGAAAUACAUUAUUUAAAAAGUAAAAAAUUUUGUUUUUUUAUCAAUCCAUUAAAUUUAUGGUUUUAUUUUGGGGCUUUUCUUCCCCUUGGUAAAAAUUAUAUUUACUAAUGUGUAGGCCACUAAUCAAUUUUUGCCAACUAACGAAAUAUAAUAAUUUUAGUAGAUAUCGAUUAUAUGAAUAUUUUUAUUUUCCGGAUACCAAUAUAAUCAAGAAACUGGGAACUUUACAAAUAACUGAAAAUCAAUUUAAAUAAAAGUAAAUAGUUUAAUAAUUUUCCUCUAAACUAUAAAAAUCACUUAGUUUCUUUUAGUCAUAAUUCAUUCAUUUGUACUAUUCUCAAAUUUCAUUCGCGUUCGUAUUAGAACGCAUAGACGGGACUAUGCUUUACUCUGUUGUUAACGUCAUGCGCCAAUCGGACGAGCUUACGCAACUAGAAUAUCAGGGUGUGCAUAUUUCCGGGUCCCGGUGAAUUCGUAUCUAUUUUAAUCCCCAUCCUAAUUACAGACCAACUAGCAACUCUGGUGCGCAGGUAAUUUUUAAAUAACGCAUUAACUACCGGUGAAUUGGUAACUUUCAUUUUUUAAGUAUUGUUGAUAAUCUAAUAUCGGUAUUCCAGGUAUUUAGCGCUACACUUUUAGAAAAUGGACAAAAUGUCACAGGAAGUGAAACCGAUGAUGAAACGAAACGCAACAGAGAAAACUUGGAUGAUUGUUUUAAUAGAAGUAAAAUUAAAAAACGGUCACCAAGCAAAGCAGGCAACGAAAACAAGGAAGACAUGGAAAAUGUUAUGAUUACAAUAAUGAAAGAGCUAAUGAAUAAAAACGAUGAAAUGCUUCAGGAAAUAAAACCAAUAAGGAAAGAAUAACAACAAACCAAUAAAGAGUUAAUGGGUGUAAAAGCAGAGAAACAAAAACUAAAAAAAGAAGUAAAACAGCUACAUGAAUGAAUGGAGCAACUGGAGAAAUUUAGCAAAAAGAAAAGCUUGAUCGUAACUGGGUUGAAAGUAGAAACAAAUGAUUAUAAGAAAUUAAAAGAAGAAAUGGAAAAUUUCAGAGCCCAAGAGUUGCAAAUACAAAUAAAACUAAGAAGUGCAAAAAAAAUAGGAGAAACAGUAUGCGCAAUAGAAACAGAAGCCCUCACGGAUAAAAUGGAAAUCCUAAACAAGAAACGUAAACUAAAACAGCAUAAAGAUCGUAUCUAUAUAAACAACGAUUGGACAUCGAAAGAAAAAGAAAUACAAAAGGAAAUAACUAAAAUAGCAAAGGACGAAAGAAGCAAAGGUAAGCAAACGAAAAUCGGCUACAAGAAAUUAAUAGUGAAUGGCAAAAUCUAGAUAUGGGACGAAGAGAGAGAACAGCUGAUAGAAAAUUCAAAAAACUAAUAAACGAAGAACAGCGGCUGAAAUAUGAUAUUGACAUGGCAAAAAAAAAGACUCGGAAAUGCAAACGGUUAACGAAAACAAAAUAACGCACACAAAAUAAAGAAAGAAUCUCAAUAAGAAGAAAAGAACAAAACCCAUUAGAAUGGGCUCUUGGAAUAUUAGAACCAUGCUGGCAGCAGGUAAGAUGCAAGAAAUAGCUCUUGAAAUGAAAAAAUACCAACUAGAAAUCCUAGCCGUACAGGAAAUACGAUGGAAGAAAGAAGGAAAAAUUGAGAAGAAAAACUUUAGCAUGUAUUAUUCGGGAGAAAACAAACAGGGAACGAAUGGUACGGCAUUUAUGGUGAACAAAAAAAUGAGGGAAAAACUGAUACAAUUCAAAGCAGUUAAUGAAAGGAUAUCUUACAUAAGAAAAUAAACAAGCCCACAUCUCGAUAGUCAAUUGCUAUGCACCCACCGAAGAAGCAAACCAAGAAGAUAAAACAGAAUUCUAAGACAUCCUGGAAGAAACCUGUGAAAAUAUUCCGAGGAAUGACAUAUUAAUAAUAUUGGGUGAUUUCAAUGCAAAGAUCGGAAAGGAGGACUAUAAUCGUAAUGUAGCUGGCAAAGAAACCAUUCAUGAAACUACGAAUGAUAAUGGAGGAGAAAUCUGCAACCUAGCAGCAGCAACAAAUACAUAUAUAGUUAGUACUGGGCAUAAACAUAAAAAAGAAAACAAAAUAACAUGGAUGAUACCAGGAAGAAUGGAUGGAAACCAAAUAAAUCAUACUAUAAUUUCGAAAAAGUGGACACAAAUAGUACAAGACGUAAGGUCAUAUAAAGGGGCAAAUGGAGGCACUGACCACAUAUUGUUGAUAGCAAAACUUAAGAUGAAAAUAAUCAAAGCAAAUAAUCAUAAGGAAGGAAAAAGGAGGAAAUGGAAUAUAGCCAAUCUGAAAACGCAAGAAACAAAGCAACAAUAUACAGAACAACUGGAACAGAAAUUGGGUCAGUACGAGCACAUAGAAAUAGAAGGAGAAUGGAAAAACAUAAAGAACAGCAUAAUAGAGACAGCAGAACAAAUAAUAGGAUUCCAAAAAAACAAAGAAUCGAAAGAAUGGUUUGAUAAGGAAUGUCACCAAAAAAGUCAACUGAAGCACCUCGCAAGAAACAAAUGGCUACAAAGUGCCGAACAGGAACAACUGGACCAAUAUAGAAAAGAAAAACAAGAAGCAUUGAAACUCUAUAGAAGAAAGAAGAACACAUGGAUCUCUGAACAAAUGCAAGAAUUAGAAACGAAUAAUAAAGACAACAAGAAAUUGUUCGAAUAGAUAAAACAACAACACAGUACCAAAAAAUCUGUCACAAAAAUAAACAAAAAAGAUUGGGAAAAACAUUUCACGGACCUAUACAAAAACGACAAUAAGGCAUAUUCAGAGGAUGAGGAUAUAAGAGAUAACAGAGAUGAAGAGGAAGUCGCACCUACUUAUUAUUAAUUCAUGGAGGUAUUAAAACAACUAAAGGUAAACAAAACGCCAGGGCCAGAUGAAAUCAACAACGAACUGAUCAUCAACGGCGGAGAGGAGCUCACGAAGCGAAUGCACAAGUUAAUGGUUACAAUUUGGAAGGACGAAAGCAUGCCCAUAGAAUGGAAAAACGGACACAUCGCACCAAUCUUUAAGAAAGGAGAUCCAACUAAGUGCUGCAACUACAGACCAAUUAUGCUACUAAAUACAACGUAUAAGA